CCUUUGGGUAUUGAUUAUAGGGGUUUUCGUAGAUAUUUCGGCCUUAAGCUCGGAUUUGUUUGAUGCUAUUUUUACUUUAACUUCUUUCAUUUUGUUUUGAUUUUUUCUUCUUCUUAAUUUCGCUUUAUGUUAGUGAGGAUAGUCAUAGCAGUUCAAGUGAUCUAGAAACUCGUGACCAUAGAUAUAUUGCUAUGAUUCCUUUUCUUCAAACUGUUACUUUGUUAUUUGAUCGAUGACUAGUUAACUCUCAGAGAUCUUAAACAUGGGGCUCUACUUAUUUUGCUUGGAAUUUUGUUUGGGAUUUUCUGACUCUGUGAUGAUUUUGAUUGUCUGAUAUGAAUUUUCUGGUUUUUUUUUUUGUUUUUUGCUGUUAAGGUUGCAGCUAGAAAAGGAUUGUUGUGCUGACGUUCUACUGAGAGGUCUCAUCCGCCAAGGAAUUAUUAGCACUGUCUUUGCCAUAUUGCUUAAUAGUUGCGAGUUAUGGGGAAUGCGUGUUGUGUUGCUGCUCGAGACAAAAUGGUAGUGCCUAAUUCAUCAGCUGGUGAGAAUUUGCAGAGGACCAAUGUCAGGCAUUCCCCGAGUUGGAGUUUCCGCUGGGAUAGUAGAGGACGUGUAGCUGGUGAAGAAACCUCUCUCAGCUGGUUAUCUGAUGGGAUUAGUCGGAACGAUGGUUCUGAGCUCAAAUUUGAAUCUGCUUUUGUAUCAACUGAGGGGUCUCCUUCGGACAGUUUUCAGACACAAUCAUUGCAGAAAUCUCCUGCUUCAGAUUUAUCUUUUCCAAGACAUUCUAACAUGGAUACAGUCUUCGAACAGAAAGAAAAUGUUUCAACAGAGUCUGCAGCACCAUUAUAUCCUUCUCUUGCACAAUUGUCUAUUUCACUAGCUUCGCUGCUAUCAUCUUUCCCUACGUCACCACUUUCGUCCCAAAGCCACUUGCCUGCAAGUUCAUCUGUACUAAAACUGACACACCGCCCCUGUCUAUCGAAGCAAGUCUCAGAUGGGCAAAUCUAUGGUCCGAACUCACUAAGUGAAAGCUCAGCAACUGAAGAGAGGCAUGGAACCCCUUUGAGAUAUGAUUCUUCUCAGUCGGGACCAUCUGAAGACCAUCAUGGCAACCGAAUGUCAAAGCAACAGCAGCAAAUUUGCGGAGCUUGCUCUAGACCAUUGUCGGAGAAAUCCUUGUGGAGCAGCCAAAAGAUCUUUAUGACCAACGAGCUCUCUGUGUCUUCAAUUCUAGCUUGUGGGCAUGUCUACCACGGGGAGUGUUUAGAACAGAUGACGGCAGAAAUCGAUAAAUUUGACCCUUCAUGCCCAAUCUGUACAAUGGGUGAGAAGAAAACGGCGAAGCUGUCAGAAAAAGCUUUGAAAGUAGAGAUGGACUUGAAAGCUAGGCACAACAAAAGACUCAGAAAGAGAGUUUUGGACAGUGAAUUUGAUUGUGAUGAUUUUGUAAUGUUUGAUCAUAGCCACAGGACAGCAGCAGCAGCAAGCAAGAGUCCUAAACUGGUCUCGAGUUCGAGUGCUAAAAGCUAUUCUGCAAAGCCUUUCUUGGCUCGACACUUCUCUUUUGGGUCCAGAAGUAACUAUAAAUCCCGUAAAGAGAAUCUUCCUGUAAAAAAGAAAGGCUUCUUCUGGAGCAAAUCCAGCAAAAUAUGAACUUAUUUUGCAAUGAUGUACUUUGACUACGGUCUGAAGCAUAGAAGUCGAUACACACGGACACGGUACCAUUCAAUUCAAAGCAGGAUAUUUGUUCUCAUGAAGCUCAACAAAAUUUGUCUUAUCAAUGUUUUUUUAAAAAAUGAUUACUAAAUUUUCACACAUGUAAAGUUACGAAUUUAGAUUAUAAGGUUGGGGAUGAAUACAACAUUGGAUCAUUUAGUAUAUUAACUACCCUGGCUAUGCAUAUAUAGGAAUUGGACUCUGAAGACAACCGAUUGGGUAUAUAGUUUGUAUUAUAUCUGCCAGUUUGACCUCAACUAAACUCUUUUAUGUAAUUAUUGAUUUGUUUCUCUUUUUUUAUUGCUGGUGAUUCA